AUGACGGAUACGGAGGCUGCUGCUGCUGCUGCUGCUGAGAAUGAGGCGCCACUCACGGAUCUAGAUCGCGAACUCACGCUUAUUGCUUGGGGAAUUCUUAUUGGAUUUGGCUACUCGACGGGGUGGAAAGCAUACAGACAGACGUCAACAAUAUCUCGGGAGAAGAGGUAUAGGUCACCUUAUUUUUGGUGGGUCUGGAUGAACUAUGUUUCGAUAAUGGUGUUUGGGGUACUCGCUUGGAUCCUUAACCAGCAUCAUAUUAGACCUCAACUUGGGCUCUAUAUCCCGCUUGUUGCUUUAUGGGCUAUUCAGGCACAAGCGUUGUUACAGAUCAACAUCAACCGAAUCGAGCUUAUAGCUGUUGACAAAGCUUUCAACAAUAGAGUACGAAUAGGGUGCUUAGCCAUAAUUUCUGUCUUCAUAGUAGGGACAUUUAGUGUCUGGAUUCCAGGCCGACUUGGGAUCUCAGCGAAAAUCACACAGAUUUCGAAGGUUUAUAUCGAGGUUCAAGGAACUCUGACAAUUCUGCUCGACAUCGCUCUGAAUACAUACUUCAUUCGAACCGUAAAGGCAACACUCAUCGAUCCCGGGCUCGACAAGUAUAAGCCAAUAGUUAGCCACAACCUCGUGCUUGUGUAUUCCGCGAUAACAGUUGAAACCAUCGCUCUGGGCCUAAUGUGGCUCCCUGCGAGUCCCUUCGUCUGGCUCCAAUACGGCACACUCGCCUGGAUGGGCAAGCUCAACGUUGAGCUUAGCAUGGCGGACCUCAUCAUGAAGCUCGCAUACCACACGCCUGAACCAUCGUCGCUAGAACUGCGACCAAUCUCUCGCGCCGGGUCCGAGCAGAUAUCAAAUAUGUCAUUUCAGAACCUAGUACCGCCGACGCGCAAUCAAGCCAAUACCAUCGAAAUUAGCGCCGGCAAGUAA